UAUAUCUUCUUAUGUUAAGGUUCUGUUAGUAUUCCUUCUAUGACUCCUACAUCAAGUUCCCCGUCAACUCCUUCAUCUGAUGAUGGUGAUGAUAAUACCAUCGCCAUUGUGCUCUCUGUGGUUUUUGUUUCAUUUAUCAUCAUUAUUAUUGUUGUGGUUGUUUUUAUACUUGCUGUGUAUUAUUGGAGAAAGAAGACAAAAGGUCAUUUUGAAGUACCACAAGAGCCAUUACCAUUGCCUUCAGUACCACAGGAAUCAGGAGUUCCUAGUGAAUUAGGCAAAUAUGUUAUUAUUACUGCACCUAUGCCAAGUAAAAAUAUGGGAGACAGUAUAGCAAUGCAACCAAUGCUUAAAGGUCCUAAUAGUGAUAAUCAUGAGGCUGCUGAUAAUAGCACUACAUGCAGAACAUUUUCAGGAACUGAAACAACUGUUGUCAAAACAGAAACUAACAAAGAACAGGGAGAUAUUGAGACUCCAAUCUCAUAUGAUACUAUUGCUGAAGAACAAAAAGAAUCCAUAGACACGGAAAAAACCAUAACUACUGAAGCUAAUGAAGGAGGAGCUACUAAAGAGCCAAUAUAUACAGAUUUAGCACCUUCAACUGGUACCAAAUUAUUACCAAAAACUGAAGUAGCAUCAGUUGAAUAUGCUGACAUUGAAUCAGUGAGGCCUAAAUCAAAAGUACCUCCAGUCCAGUCUUAUGAUGAUGUGGUAGUAUCUGCUAGUGGUACUACUGUAAUUGGAGCUACUGGAGGAGAUACUAACCCACCACCAAUACCUGAUAAGAAAAGUAAUGGAGCUACUACUACUGGACAAGAAGGUACCAAUGGUGGAACUGAUGCUGCACAAGAUUCAUCUCAUGCUCAUGAUCAUCAUGAUACUGUUAUUGAUGAAACUCAAGCAAGAACACCUUCAGAUAUUACGAUGGUAACUGGUAAAGAAAAUUUGACUAUUAUUGUCAAGGCUCCAGUACAAUUAACUAAUCCUAGCCCUGGCAGUAGUAGUAAAAACUUUUUAAUACCAAGACGUUCGUCAAUACCAGAAAGAUCUUUUCUCUCUACUGCUGCUGUUUCAACAGAUUCCAAACCACCUGCUAAGAGCGAGGAUAAAGAAAGUGAAAUGCCUAAUGUUUUAUCAACUACAGAGAAGAACAAUGAAAUGUGAUAUGUGAAAUUUUGAUGAAUCAAUUAAAAUUAUUAUUUCAAUGAAUUAAUACAAUGUGUGUGCA